AAAGAACCGGACACUGACUCUACACGCCGCAGUUUCGCAUCGGCUCAGUCACGUGUCCGCCUGGUCUGACGUCCGAUCGGUUCGAGAUUGCAACAUCGUGGCUCCGCCCCCCCCACGCCCGCCGGGUGACGACACCGCGGGAGGAAACAACGUAACCAAACAUACCCGGAGUCGGUCCCUAGGUCCUCAAUCCCGCUGGAAGUUCGGGAGGCGAACGGGGCCAGAGGAGACCGGAGUCCGGCGAGGGGUCAGCGUGGAUUUAAACCAGACCGAGACACGGAGAUUAAUUAGAUUUCCGCUCACCGAAGGACCCGGGGACUCGGUCUGAUUCGGCUUUGUUCGCUUCGGCUCCAGAUCUAUAUCUGUACACUCAGAGAAAAACCGUUUCCAAGUUCAUUUUUUUCAAUCGAAAGUUUGGGUUUAGUUUUUGUGCCAGACUUCAGUCGGAGUGUCUUUUAUUCAGACUGAAGAAGCAGCUCAAAGGCGAACAGCUGACCGACUGACGACAGGUUGCGCAACCGGGACGAUAAUAAAAAGGAAACAAAGACGUCAUCACCGGACAGAGUGGCCCCAGUUCUCCCAGUGCCACAGCUGCUGGUUCCAGUCGGAGUUCAACUUUAAAGAAGACCUCCGGUGUUUGUGUCUUCCGCAACUUCUGCGCCAGACGUAGACACACACACACACACACACACACACACACACACACACACACACACACACACAGAGAGACCACCAGCCCCACGCCGACUCCAAGCGCUUAUCUACUGGAUCCACUGGUUUCCUGUUGACCUGCCAUUGGGACCGGUCUGAGUGAAGAGCACAAGAUGAGCGUGGACGUGGGCGCAGCCAAGUCUCAACUCUGUCUGAAGAGGCUACUGGAAGAGCCCCGGGAUAAUUUGAUGAAAUGCAAACGAGCCCGUCUGGCUCCGCCCCCUCUGGCACCUGGCCUAUCGGCAUGCCUCCUGCCCAGAAGCCCUGCCCCCAAAUCGAGCCAAAGCCAAUCGCCAUCGAGAGUCGGACCGUACAUUCUGUUUGAACGUUGUGAGGGGGAGGAGACUUACAGGGCCGUGCACGCGCAAACACAACAGCAGUACACCUGCCAGGUGCUCCCCCUGCGCAGUUACCAGGAGCAGUUGGCUGCCCACGCCCGGAUCGGUCACCACGACAACAUCUGCGGACUGCUGGACGUGGUUACUGGCCAGGACAGCGUGUACGUCUUCUUGCCUGGUCACCACGGCGACAUGCACGCGUACGUGCGCAGCAGGAAGCGCCUGGGCGAGGAGGAGGCGGGGCUUUUGUUCGCUCAGAUGCUGAAUGCCGUGAUGCACUGCCAUCGCCAUGGCGUCAUCCUGAGAGACCUGAAGCUCCGCAGGUUCGUCUUCACUGACAGAUACAGGACUCACCUGUCCCUGCUCGGCCUGGACGACUGUGUCCUCCUGCACGGUACCCAUGAUGACGACUCUCUGACGGACAGACACGGCUGCCCCGCCUACGUGGGCCCCGAGCUGCUGACCAAUGGCAACGAGUCUUACUCGGGCCGCGCCGCAGACAUCUGGAGCCUGGGCGUGUCUCUGUACACCAUGCUGAUCGGGCGGUACCCGUUUCAGGACACGCAGCCCGCGGCGCUGUUCGCCAAGAUCCGCCGCGGGACCUUCAGCCUGCCCGAUUGGCUGUCGCCGCGGGCCAAGUGUCUGAUCGGCUGCAUGCUGAGGAAGUCGCCCGCCGAGAGACUGGAGGCGCCUGAGCUGCUGAUGCACCCGUGGCUGACCAAUCCCUGCGUGCCACGUCACAACGUGCACAAGAUGCAUCACAGUUCACACACAACAUCACAGAGUAAACAAGAGGACGAUGACCAGGUGGUGCCAACGUGGAUUCAAAAACACUAAACGCACAUACACACGUUUGUACUUCUAAACUUGUGAGGACCCUCGUUGAAUGCACCCAAAACCCCUAACACUGACCUGAACCGUCACAAGUAAAUAACCCCCGUCCUUCUACUAAGCUUGAUUCGAACUUCAACCUUAAUGUUGCUUUCACACGUAGCCUGUUUGGUUCGGUUGACAUGAACUCUGGGGCAUCUGCCCAUCUAGCACAGUUAAUUUGGACCGGUGCGAAAGCGGGACCCUGAUGCAAACUAAACAACCGGACCCAGACCGCCUCAGAAGGAGGGUCUCGGUCCGCUUCCGAGCAAACACACCACAAAUAAACUGCGAAAAAAAGGGACCAACCACAGGAUGUUGUGACAGUUGGUGCAAUUUCAAAAGCAAAAGCUAUAAACUUAAAUCCAUCUGCUGAUUGUGAAUUAUUCAAGAAGCGCCCUUUAUAAGCAAUCUGUAUAAUUUGCAAUCUAAUAAUGCUAAUAGUGCUCAUUAUCAGCUACUUCUUUAAGAGUUAUUCAUAACCCCAGAGAAUAUAAAUAUACACGUAUGAAGCAUUAAAGUGCUGUGUGACCUGCUGUCACUCUCUGGAAUUCGAGUGUGAACACAAAGUGGACCGGAACUAAAAGGGCAACAACUUGGUUAGGACCAAAUGAACUCAACUACAGGUGUGAGAGCAACCUUAAACCCUCAAACAGCCUUUGAACAGGUGAGGACCCGACAAAAUGUCCUCAGUCAAAAACUCAAAUUGGUCCUCACAAAGAUAGACGUACAAGAAGAUACACACUAUGGAAAAUGUCUGAUCCUGGAUUACUUGACCCUCAGGUGCCUUCAUCUCUCUGUAGCUGUCUCUCAAUUCCAGCUCCACCUCCUUAGAAAUGACCACACCUUGAGGCCUGAACCUGCUCCUCGUCUUCCACAAAUCAUUCGAACGACAGAGGAUUCCUAACCGAGUCACCAGUUUGACCAGUACCUGACCAAACCAGAGCCAAUGGUGUGUUCAGGUGCUCGUCGUAAAGAGUUACACCCAAGUGUUAAACUGGGAGUCUCUGAGUUGUGACGUUUGACUUGAACACAAUAGUAAUAGUUUAAUGGUAGACGUCUCCAUCUAACUUACAGCGGUCAGUGCGUUUACAUGCACUUUCACAAUAACUUUGGUUAUAUGCUACGUUUCUGUUGUUGUCCACAAAUCCCAUUAAAAGACCAAAAGCAACAAUAAAUUAAUCCUGCGAAGCAAGUAUUGUGUGCGUUUAGCCAAAGCCUGAUAUAAUCUUUUCCCUCGGUGCUAAAAAACUAUUAAAAAAACGCACCACAGGGCCACAACUUCGCACCGGGUGAUAUGUUCCUUUAUGAAAACGUUUAUUUAUAACAUUUAUAAAAUUAGCUAAAAGCUACAGUGCCCAGCUGUUGUUAGGAGAUUACCAAGCCCUUCUGAACAGUGAAACUGUAUAUUUUGGAGCCAUUUUGAAGGAUUUACGUCUUCAGUAGGAACCCAUAGGCUACAGGUUGAGUGCCACAGACAGGAUAGGGAAAUCAGAGAGUACUGAGAUACAGACUAACACAAACUCGGUCUUUGGUCUUUAAUGGGAUUUGUUGACAAUCAGAAAGAUGCGGUUGACAGUUGGCUUUCUCCAGUAAGCCCAUUUCUUUAAAGUCAAAGAAAUUCGAAACCUGGUUUCCAUAUGCCAUGUAUACAGGUAACCAGGUUUCUAAUUGCUUUUUUGCAAGUACGCAUGUGCAUGACAAAGGCUUUAAACGGUGAAAGUAUCGAAGUGGGUGAAGCAGAGUAGAAAUAAUUACACACAUUUGCUCUUCUAUUCAAAAUAAUUCAAUCCAAAGUCUGACUGAGACUGAAACUAACAUACUGUAGUCUGUAGAAGUCUAAAUAAGCCAGUUUUCAUCGCAGAACAUUUGAACAUUAAAAAGCGCCGUCCUCUGUGACUAAUACAGUUAAAAUAAGAAAUCCGUACUUCCAAAAUAAGGUCUGGGAUAGAAAUGUGCUUAUUGACCCGCUGCAUGUAUCCACAGACUUAUAGUGACCAUGUUACUCCAAAUGCAUGUAAACGUGCUUCCCGAUUACCUGCAUAACCUGAUUUCUCGGAGUAACCUGGUUUACUUAAGUGCAUGUAAAUGUACUGUGUCCUGAGGUGCGUAAACGAGUGUCCCAGCCUCCAUGUACCGUUGUGGUGACGAACCGGGCUCGUGACAAGAGCAAACUGGACUUGGAGUUCAGACUCAUCAUUGACAUCCUGCACAGGGGCUAUUUCUUUGGUCCGUUCUCAACACCCCUGGUUAGAUGACCAUUUCUGAUUUAAGGAGUUGAUGAAGACUGCCUGGACACACCACUGGUUUUCAAAGAGUGGACUCUGAAGGAGCCUAAAAUGGGACACAGCUUCUUCCUCUCAGUAUUUACUCUUCCUAAAGCUACACAGAUUCAGCACAAAGUGGCCAACAAUGACACACUGUUUAAAUUCAGCUUCAGGCUGACAUUAACCCUUACGGAAGCAGACGUGAUAGCCAAAAAUAUUUGUCGGGCCUGUUAUCUCAGGACCAAAACUUCAUUUGCAAAUACAGUUUUUCUGGUUCUCACAAGAACAGUUAUCCUCAAAUAACAGAGAUAAAUUCAUUCAUAGAUUUCUUGUUACGUGAGGUCUAAUUUUGCCCAGACAAACACAUGUUUAUCACUGUAAUAAUAAUCAAAUACGGGCAAGCUUAUUUCUGGAACCCCUAUUGUUCUGGAGGCCUACAGGACAGAGUGCAUGACAGAAGUGGCUUCAAUUGAGAAUUGUCCCAAAAUAACAGCACAGUUCCUCAGAGAUCAUGAGAAAACUAUUUCUGAUAUGUCAGCCUAAUAGUAUAAUUACAUCAGGAAUAAACUGUAUCCUGUUUGUGUUACCUCACAUAAACAGGAUAAAAGAUUUAAUAUAGGCACCAUGUGUUGAAUCAUAAGAAAAUAGUUGUCAACUUGAGAUAAAGGGACUAAAAUUAUUCAUAACAUUCAAGUCUUGUGCUUCCUUUGACUAAAGCCGGCCAAUCUCAACCCAACAGACCUGCAGUAGCCAGUAGGAUGCCUUAUACUUAUAAACUGUAUGAUUCAGAUCUCAGUUACAGCUGGAGAAUAAAUAAAGAUGUUUCACAAAA